AUGGCGGCAAUGGCGGUCGGGGGUACCGGGGGUAGCCGCGUGUCCAGCGGAAGGGACCUGAAUUGUGUCCCCGAAAUAGCUGAUACGUUGGGGGCUGUGGCCAAACAGGGGUUUGAUUUCCUGUGCAUGCCUGUCUUCCACCCGCGUUUCAAGAGGGAGUUCACUCAGGAACCUGCUAAGAAUCGGCCUGGUCCCCAGACACGAUCUGACCUACUGCUGUCAGGAAGGGACUGGAAUACACUAAUCGUUGGCAAGCUGUCGCCAUGGAUUCGCCCAGAUUCAAAAGUGGAGAAGAUUCGCCGGAACUCAGAGGCGGCCAUGUUACAGGAGCUGAAUUUUGGGGCAUAUCUGGGACUCCCAGCUUUCCUGCUGCCCCUCAAUCAGGAGGAUAACACUAACCUGGCCAGAGUUUUGACCAACCACAUCCACACUGGCCACCACUCUUCUAUGUUCUGGAUGCGAGUGCCCUUGGUGGCACCAGAGGACCUGCGGGACGAUGUCAUCGAGAACGCACCAGCGACACACGCAGACGAGUACAGCGGGGAGGAGAGGACCUGGAUGUGGUGGCACAACUUCCGCACUUUGUGUGACUACAGCAAGAGAAUUGCAGUGGCUCUUGAAGUGGGGGCUGACCUCCCAUCUAAUCAUGUCAUCGAUCGUUGGCUUGGGGAGCCCAUCAAAGCAGCCAUUCUCCCCACCAGCAUUUUCCUGACCAAUAAGAAGGGGUUUCCUGUUCUUUCCAAGAUGCACCAGAGGCUCAUCUUCAGGCUCCUCAAGCUGGAGGUGCAGUUCAUCCUCACUGGCACCAACCACCACUCGGAGAAGGAGUUCUGCUCCUAUCUGCAGUACCUGGAAUACUUGAGCCAGAACCGCCCGCCACCCAAUGCCUACGAACUCUUUGCCAAGGGCUAUGAAGACUACCUGCAGUCCCCACUCCAGCCGCUGAUGGACAACCUCGAAUCGCAGACGUACGAAGUGUUUGAAAAAGAUCCCAUCAAAUACUCACAGUACCAGCAGGCCAUCUAUAAAUGUCUGCUGGACCGAGUACCCGAGGAAGAAAAGGAAACCAACGUCCAGGUGCUGAUGGUGUUAGGAGCAGGCCGAGGUCCCCUGGUAAACGCCUCCCUUCGGGCAGCCAAGCAGGCAGACAGGCGGGUCAAGCUGUACGCCGUGGAGAAAAACCCAAACGCCGUGGUGACGCUGGAGAACUGGCAGUUUGAAGAAUGGGGGAGCCAGGUGACGGUCGUCUCUUCUGACAUGCGGGAAUGGGUGGCUCCCGAGAAGGCAGACAUCAUUGUCAGUGAGCUGCUGGGUUCCUUCGCCGACAACGAGCUGUCCCCUGAGUGCCUGGAUGGAGCCCAGCACUUCUUAAAAGAUGAUGGGGUGAGCAUCCCUGGGGAGUACACCUCCUUCUUGGCGCCCAUCUCUUCCUCCAAGCUGUACAAUGAGGUCCGAGCUUGUCGGGAGAAAGACCGAGACCCUGAGGCCCAGUUUGAGAUGCCCUAUGUGGUGCGGCUGCACAACUUCCACCAGCUGUCUGCACCACAGCCCUGUUUUACCUUCAGCCAUCCCAACAGAGAUCCCAUGAUUGACAACAACCGCUACCGCACCUUGGACUUCCCCGUGGAGGUGAACACAGUGCUGCAUGGCUUUGCUGGCUACUUCGAGACAGUGCUUUACCAAGACAUCACUCUGAGUAUCCGUCCCGAGACUCACUCUCCUGGGAUGUUCUCCUGGUUUCCCAUCCUCUUCCCCAUUAAGCAGCCCAUCGCGGUGCGCGAAGGCCAGACGGUCUGUGUGUGCUUCUGGCGCUGCAGCAGUUCUAAGAAGGUGUGGUAUGAGUGGGCCGUGACAGCCCCAGUCUGCUCUGCCAUUCACAACCCCACCGGCCGCUCAUACACCAUCGGCCUCUAGCCCUGCCUACAAGUGCCCAAAGCCGUGGAAGCAGCUUCCGGUUGUGCUCCUCUAGCUCAGAAGGUGCAGUGAUCACGGGGCCGUGGUUCCCCUUGGCCAUCCGAGAGGAGGCUGCCGGUCUGCUUUCCUGCCUCACACCAAAGUGGGCCGAGGAUGAGACUUUGUUGCAGGGCUCACGCUACCAAUCUGUGACGACUUCAGGCCAGGACUUGAAGAAUCCAGCUGGGUCUGAAGUCAGUCACCACCACCAGGCCCUCCGCCUCAAGAGCUCCCUGGGAGUCCUAAGAACAUUUGGAUGGAAUGCAUUUUCAGCCCUUUCUCUAUCCAUCUCUGUUCCCAUUUUGGUGGUUUGUGUAGGAGGAAAUACAAAUAAAGUGAAGUUGUGGCCUUUCCUGCUCUGA